AUGAUGUUCACACAAGCCCCGCCUCCAGCCGUAUGGGCGGGGCAUUCUCACGCCAGGACACCGGUUGAGUCAUCGCUGCCGGAGAUCGAUCGCAGUGCCAUUCACUGUGUGUUUUGCUGUGUGGUGAACGUUUCGAUGCAAAUUCGAAUUCGAAGCAGACGAUUUCUCCGAACGAAGCAGCGUCGGAAGGAAGUGUUCACGGUCCACAUCUACCGUGUGCUGAAGCGAAUCCACCCCACCAUUGGAAUAACGCGUGACGCGAUGUCAUUCAUGGACUACUUCGUUGUCGGUGCGUUCAAGCUGCUUGCCGCUGAGGCUGCACGUCUUGCAAGAAACUUUGGUGGAGGAAAAAUUACUAUCAGUGAGAUCCAGACUGCUGUUUGGUUGAUGCUUUCUCCAGAAAUCGCGAAGAACGCUGUCUCUGAGGGGAAAAAAGCUGUUACAAUGUACUCUAGUCAGGAAUAA